GGCCUUCACAGACGAAAUUGAUGAGAUGGCCAGCAGUAAAAAUAGCGUUCCAAGGACUGCUUUGGUUGUCUACGCCUCCGAAACGGGAAAUUCGCAAGAGAUAGCAGAAGAGCUGGGCCGCUUAACGGAGCGUCUGCAUUUUGAGACACAUGUGUCAGAACUGGAUGCAAUUGAAGCAGAAUCCCUGAAUGGGCACUCUUUGACUAUUUUUGCCGUCUCGACAACAGGACAAGGUGAUGUCCCCGCCAAUGGAAAGACGUUCUGGCGGUCUUUGCUGCUGAAAAGGCUCUUGCCAACGUACCUGCAGCAUGUCAAUUUUGCCCUCUUCGGGCUUGGAGACAGCUCCUACCCGAAGUUCAAUUGGGCGGCCAGAAAAAUGCAUAAGAGGCUCCUGCAGCUAGGGGCAAACGAGAUAUUUCCAAGCGGUGAAGCAGAUGAGCAGCAUCCCGAAGGCAUUGAUGGCACUUUUGUUCCUUGGGCCCAGAGCCUGAAAAAGUUUUUGUUGGAUAAAUUUCCUUUGAAGCCCGGACAGCAUCCUAUACCUGAUGAUGUUCGAUUACCGCCGAAAUGGGCUCUGGCUCCUUGGGGCCAAGGUACUGGCAAGGAACACCAAAUGACCAAUGGCAAUUCUUCUCAACCCGAGAAAAAUAACGGAACCGGAAAGGAACAGAUAGUCCAAUAUCCUGCUCUACAACCGCGGGAUCAUGAUACACGACCGAUUCCCAAUUCCAUCACUGCAACGUUAAUUGACAAUAUCCGGGUUACUCCAGAAAGCCACUGGCAAGAUGUUCGACAUUUGACCCUAACGGUCCCCGAGUCGAUGCAAUACAUUCCAGGCGACAUUCUCCACAUAACUCCCAAGAAUUUUGCUAAGGAUGUUAACACUCUCCUAUCCCUUAUGGGAUGGGAAGCCGACGCCGACAUUCCACUGUGUUUCACCCCGGCAAGCAAGUCCUCGCUUCCGUCAUCGUCUCCUCCUAUAUCGUUCUUGCAAAACUCACCUGGGUUUACACUUCGCGAGCUAUUGACAAACUAUUUAGAUAUCAUGGCAAUUCCACGUCGAUCAUUUUUCUCGCAGAUAUCCCAUUUCACAGACGAUACAAUGCAGAAAGAACGCCUUCUAGAAUUCACUAACCCGGAGUAUAUUGACGAAUAUUAUGAUUAUGCGACGCGGUCGAGACGGAGCAUUUUGGAAGUGCUGUAUGAAUUCGACACCGUCAAAGUACCUUGGCAGCAGGUAUGCAACGUUUUUCCCAUUCUACGCGGGCGCCAGUUCAGCAUUGCUAGCGGUGGUAGAUUAAAGAAAACAGUAGAGGGGAAAACAAAAUUCGAGCUAUUGGUGGCCAUAGUCAAGUACCAGACGGUUAUAAAAAAGAUCCGUGAGGGUGUAUGUACAAGAUAUCUUGCCGUACUUCAGCCAGGUAGCACCAUGAAGGUUCAGCUCCAUAGAGGUGGUCUAAGUCCAUCCGUGGAACAACUCCUAGAGCCUUCAGUGGUAAUAGGACCGGGAACGGGUGUGGCUCCUAUUCGAUCACUCCUUUGGGAAAAGGCUGCUCUCGUGGAGGCAUAUCGCAACAAGCACGGUCCAAACGUUCCUUCACCAGUUGGGCCAGUUAUCCUUCUCUACGGCGGCCGCAACCGAGCUGCUGACUUCUUUUUCCAAGAAGAGUGGAACAAACUGAAGGAAACGCUUGACCUUACCGUUUUCACGGCGUUUUCUAGGGAUCAAAAGCACAAGUUCUAUGUUCAGGAUGCCAUCCGGCAAAACAAAGAUGCGUUCUUCAGGGUGUUGCAUGAUAUGCAAGGGGCGGUCUUCAUCUGUGGGUCGUCUGGCCGGAUGCCGCAGGCGGUGAGAGAAGCACUAAUUGAGACUUUUGAGACGCGUGGGAGCAGUCGAGAGGAGGCGGAAAAGUAUCUUAUAGAUAUGGAGAGGGUUGGACGGUAUAAACAAGAAACAUGGUGA